UGUGCGAUGCUCCUCGCAGCGCCGUCCCCACCCCCGUGUGCUGGGGGUGGUAUGUCUGUGUGAGUGAACAUCAUCAGUCAAUCAUCGUCAUCGAGGCUGUAGACACUAGUGUUGAGCCAGUGCCGCUACCAACGCCGCCGCCGCCGCCUCCAACGCCGACACCGCCGCCUCCAACGCCGCCUCGUACUCCUCCAUCGCCCUGGUACUCGCCAUCCGUCCAGUUCGCACUGAUGGCCAAGUCCCCGGAUCUACCCACGCCCCCGGACGGUGGUUGGGGAUGGGUCGUCGUCUUCGCAUCCUUCAUGAUACACAUAGUCACUGACGGGGUGACGUACACAUUCGGACUGUUCUUGGUUGAGCUAAGGACGUACUUCAAUGAAGGUGCUGGAGCCACUGCCUGGAUAUCCUCUAUCUUAGCAGGAGUCACUCUAUGUUCAGGUCCAAUCUCCAGCGCAUUUGUCAACAGGUAUGGCUGCAGGCCAGUGACCAUAGUAGGAGCAGUGCUGGGUGGAGUUUGUAUGAUAGCGGGCGCCUACGCCAACAGUGUCUUCAUGCUGUACAUCACCGUCGGACUGGGAGCAGGUCUUGGGAUAGGACUAAUCUACCUGCCAGCCAUCGUGUGUGUGACGUGUUACUUUGAGAAGUACCGCUCCCUGGCCACAGGCAUCGCAGUGUGUGGCUCGGGUCUCGGCACGUUCGUGUUUGCGCCCCUGACUCAGUGGCUACUGUCGACCCUGCAGUGGCGAGGCGCCAUGGCCGUCAUGGGGGUGUUGCUGAUCAAGUGCAGCCUCUAUGGAAUACUGUUCCGGCCGCUAAAGAUGCCUGAGAGCAAGGCUAUCUCGAUGGAGGAGAUCCCACUAAAGUCGAAGGAGACUGUAAUUCCUGUCAUUGUGACGAACGCGUCAUCCCCUACGAUGAACGGGAUGGACGAACAGAAGAGGCCUCACAGCGUGCACACGUUUGUUACACCCAAACACGCCAACGGGGUUGUACAUACGUCCAAGGAAGCUAAGGGUGAGGAGGAGGACGUGGUAAAGUCUUCUCUCAGUCAGCCGAUGUUGAUGACACAGUGUGUGGCCGACCACACUUGUCGGACCAGACUACAUUCCGAGAGCGGCAGCGUACGGUCAACACAGAGCGGCAUCAUGUACCGCAAGGACGUCUUGUACAGAGGGAGUCUUCAUAAUAUCCCUCCUGAAACUAGGAAGGCCAGUAUCCCAGAGAAGUCCAAGCUAGAUGUGCAUGAUCCCCAUGACCAGGUCGUGGUCUGUGGCUGCUUCCCUUGCCACCGAGAGACAAGAGAUACACUGCAAGAGAUGCUUGAUCUCUCACUCCUCAAGGACCCAAUCUUCAUCCUCUUCUCACUGUCAAACUUUUGCACCAGCAUCGGAUUUUAUAUUCCAUACACUUUUAUUGUGUCGAUGGCCAAAGAGCAAGGCGUGGGUAAGGAUGAACAGAGCUACUUGCUGGCAGUGAUUGGUAUUGCUAACACAGCUGGCAGGAUCGUGCUGGGUUACCUCUCCGACAAGACUUGGGUCAACAGACUAUGGGUCUACAACUGGUGCCUCACCAUAUGUGGGAUAAGUACGAUAUUAAGUGCCUUCUGCUACGAUUUUAUCACAUUCUGCCUGUACGCCUCUGUCUUUGGUUUCACGAUCGGGGCCUACGUUGGUCUAACGUCAGUGAUUCUGGUCGAUCUCCUAGGUCUCAACAAGCUGACCAAUGCCUUUGGUAUCUUGCUUCUCUUUCAGGGCAUUGCCUCAUUCCUUGGUCCACCAAUAGCAGGCUGGCUGUACGACGCUUUACAAUCUUACAAUCCAGGGUUCUACGUUGCCGGAGGUACGCUUGCCGUCAGCGGAAUGAUGCUCUUUGUAGUUCCGACGUUACAAAAGCACAUCGCCAAAUCCGAAGUGGACAGCGCUAGCUAGUAUAUGGAGAACUUUAAACUCAAGUUCAGUGCCAUCGUCAAACUGUGAUCUCUGUACAAUUUAGAUAAAUCGUAACAUUUAUUUUGUAUAUUACUCUUGAAUUGGGAAUCGUAAAAAAUUACCAAUUGAAGUGAAGAUUAAAUAGUUUUAGCAUAUGUAAAUGUUGGGGAUAUACAUUGUCUUAAGGAAAUCAAACUAUGUAAUUAAUAGAGUUCAGAAAAAAUGUUGAUAGUUAGUAAUUUUUUAGUUAAGUUUAGUUAAUUUUGAAAGACUAAGCGGUGGUUUUAUUUUGAUAAAAUAAAACAUAACUUUAGUGUAAGAAGCAUGUUGGAUGUAGAAGAACAUAUUGUUUUAUCAUUUGAUUCAUAGCCAUAAAAAUCU